AUGAAUCGCCUGCAGGAUCUUGAGAACAUCCUUGGGCUUCUCAGAGAGCGAGAGCAGGAGAUCCAGCUCCUACGAACAGAGAUGAACAGCCUCAAAGAACAACAGGAUGUGGAGGAAUCUGCGCAUUCCGCCGAGGCCCACCACUUGAACGAGAAGUCGCGGCAGAAUUCCGAGAGAAUGUUGCUGGAAGAACAGGAGUGUUUACGCAUGGAGGUGACCAGGCAACAAUGCUUGAGAGUCAUCACGGAGGCUGAGGAAAAUAUGGAGAGAUGCCGCCUUCGGCAUGAGGACUCUGUUGAAUACUUGCAGUCUUUGCAAGAAGUUUAUGCUGAACUGGAGGUCCGUGGGGCGCAGCUGAAGCCAUCGCAAGGUGCUGCACUUGCACGUGAACUCCGCCUGGAGUUGGAGGAACUGAACACCUUGGAGUCUCAGCAACAUACGGAAGAGGCACAAGAAGCAGAACUUCGCAAUGAUCUCAGGCAGUUGAAACAAGAAGUGAUGACAUCCGACAAACACAGGAAAGAACUUUUGACGACGGUUGCUCGUGGUGUUUCUGAACUUUCAGAGGAACUCAUGGCCCAACAUCUGUCUGCAAAAUCAGAGCUGGACUUGGCAGAGAAGAAGUUGUCUACGGUGAAGCGGAAUACUGAAGCGAAAGUAGCAGAGCUGCGAGGAAUCAAGGAAAGGAUGCAUGAAGCUCGACUUGCUGCAGAGACUGAGUCAAAAGAAAUCUCACAGAGAUCCAAAGAACAAGUUCGGAAGACUUUGUUGGAAAGCCGUCAGAGAGAUGAAGAGGUACAAGAGGAACUGGUCCAACUGGAGCAUCGUCAUUCUGAAUUUGGGAAUGGCCUCGGGUUCUUGAUCUCCGAAGGGAGUGCUCGUCCGAGGCUGAAAGAGAGUGGUCGGACAAUGGCAGAGGCGGAAGCGUUGCGGGAGACAUUGCAGCUCGAGAAAGUGAGACGAGAGGGAGACAGACAAAUGAGAGAAAGAAGCCAAGGACGCCAAGGAAACGCAGCAGCGGAACUACCAGAACUACGAGCGGAAUUGAAUGCUGCGAAAGAACGUGCCAAUGACUUGGCUCUGAAAUGUGAGCAGACUUGGAAGAGUUGACCCAGGAAAAGCGAAAAGCUGCUGCUUUUGCAGCUGAAAGCUUUGAAGCGGCGCCUUUGAGCGUUCAGCCCACAUAGCCGGCAUGCAGCAUGGCAGCCAACUUGGACCAUUUGCCAACUGUGACUGCGACUGGCAACCCACAGAACCUGGUGCCUCUUGACAUCUCUUUACAUCUCUUUACAUCUCUUGACCAGCAUUAACCAGCGUUGAACAGCACCAGUUACCAGCUGCUGUCUCUGCCCGUGGCAGAAUGCCCGUGAACCAAUGCUGUUGUCCACCUUGGGAGUUGGAGUGAGGGUCUUGGUCGUAGAAUGGCGUAGAUGGCUACCCUUGGUGGAUGUUGGUGGCUCUGUAUGGCGCUAUAUGGCGCUCAUGAUGCGUGUAUGCCUGUGCAUGCUGAGGAGGAGACUUUUUUAGGCUGCAAAUCGGAGCUACACCAGGGUCACCAUGGGUCACCUCCCAGGCUGAUCAGCGUACAAA